AUCCUCACUCCCUAGAACUGUAGACAGAGAGAAACCAAAAUUUUAACAUAAAGAAAAAAUGAAAAAAAAAAGCUUUCUUUUAUGUUUUGGAAUGUAAGUGAAAAAUCCAAUUUUUUUCUUUUUUUACUGGUAGCAUUACUUUCUUACUAAAACCCAGAUUUUUUCCCAUCAUUUUCCCGAGAAUUUUUGAAGUACUCAAGAAUAAAGAAAUACCCAGAAAGCUUAGAUUCCUAGAAGUUUGAGAGGGACACUUGAGAAUUUGAUGAAAUCUUACAUUACCUGGAAGAAAAGUGAAGAUUUGAUAAUAGAAUACUAUUUUUUUUUGGUUACUAAAUGUUUUAGAUGAAAGGGAAUUUAAAUCAUUGAUUUUUCAUUUCAAUUUUAGGGUGGAAAAUUUCAGUAUGGUCUUCAGAGGUUAUAUCUUCAGAGGUCACAUCAAGUUAAAGUGAUUCUCUCUUUCUUUUUUCUUUUAUUCUCAUAAAAUUUUGGACCCUAUAUUCUACAGAGUGAAGGACCAUUUCUUAUCGGAAUAGUUAUCGGAUUGCAUAUUUCAGGAAGCAAAUGGAAGUCAUUAUCCAAAAAAAAAAUGAAAAGAACAUAAUUCCCACACAAAAGAUGUUGUUGAAUCUUUCGUCAUUCAGUUUUAAGCUAAAGAACAAAAUUUUCUAUAUAAGGAGAGCUUCAAACAUCAUUGAUAAGUGAGGAAAAUUUCGAAGAGUGGUUUGAAAAACGAAAGGAAAUUUCCAACCUUAAGAGUUCGGAAAUGUCUGGUCAUGGUUAUACAUAUUUGGGGGGCUACGUAACCGACAAUAGUACUGUACCUCCAAGGAAAGAGGAAUGGAGCAAAACAAGCUAUACCUCGGAUCUUGUGUCCCAGCAGGUAUAUGUUACAAAAACCGAGAUCGUUGAGGUACCUAAUUUUGUCCCUGGAUACAAACAAAGCACUCCUGUGAAAGUUGAUGUUCUGAUUGACUUUGGUGAUGUUGAUCCGGGUAAGUGGAAUAGUUCUUCCAAUCAUGUUUGCUCUCAAGAAGAUAAACAGUAUGGGCCUUCAAGUCUUACAAAUUCGAUUCAGAGGCCUAAUCCUCUUUCAUAUCAUGCUAAGCCUGGUUCUGGUGAUCAAAGUAAGUCGAGCAAGGAAGGGCAGAAUCCAAGUGGUUAUACCCUAAGAGAUAACUAUUAUGAUCCCUUCAAAAGAGAGAAAUAUCUGGAGCCAACUAUGAGCACCGGUGGUGCAUGGGGUAAGCCAAGUAAUGGGGCAGGGUCAGCGGGACAAGGGGCUAACCUCAGCGAACCAACAAGCGACAUCAACACAGCCAUCGGAUACUUGAAGGAAGCUGUCAACCCUUCUUCAGGUAUUACUCCUCCACCUUCCAGGUAUACAGGAACGGCCUCAACAAGGCCAAAGAGAAAUACCUACCCUGAAACCAUUGACAGCAAGGAAGCUGAAAGGAGAUAUGGCAACUUCAAUUUUUCAUCUCGUCCAACGGACAAUUAUACCAGAACUAUUGACAGCAGAGAGGCUGCAAGAAAAUAUCGUGGCACAACAGUAUGAAAAGAAACUAUUGGAGAUUAUUAACAUUAUCAUUAUUAUUAUUAUUAAACUAGGCUUAAGCACUGAUAUAAGUAUUUCCUAUGGGAUCAAUCAACUGUGGUCAAUCCACCUGUGUCUCUGUUUCAUACCUGCUUUUGAGCAACUUUAUAUAGUUUGUUUGGUGUCAUUAUAAUGAAGUCGUGUUAAGGGAUGCCCAUGUUAUGUACUACAAUAAGCUUUCCCUAAUGAUAUUUUCUAUUUAGCUAAGAAUCCUUCUUGUAAUUCCUUUUCUUUUCAUGCAUCUUAACUUCAGAGAAUAAAGAUGGAGUUUUGGUUUGAUUGUAGUACAUAUUGGAAGAUAGACAUUAGCAUUA